AAUAAACUAUAAAAAUGGAUGGGUCGCCGGCUACGCCAUGUACCAGUUCAAGAGCGUCACGCGGACUUGUCAUUUGAGCUUCGCAGUGCCGGAGCCCGUGCGUACCGAGAUUGCUGGUAUCGUUGCCAACACUCUUUCCCCUCUUUUAGGGUUUCGCGGACUCGACUAUUAAUUUUGCGAAAGAUGGUCACAGAUCAUUAAGGUUACUGCUGAGUUCGUAGCUAAAUGGAUUCCGCAAGGAGUUGGUUACAGAAGUUACAACCACGAGAUAAAAUGAGGUCAUCGUCAAAGAAAAAGGACGAUAGUGCUGGGGUAGAUUCAAAUCAACCGGUAGAUGACGAAGCUCUUUCCAGUACCACAAAACAGAAGGUUGCUGCAGCCAAGCAGUACAUUGAGAACCAUUACAAGGAGCAAAUGAAGAGCCUUCAGGAGAGGAAAGAACGUCGAACUAUCUUGGAAAAGAAGUUGGCUGAUGCUGAUGUCUCAGAGGAAGAUCAAAGCAACCUUCUUAAGUUUUUAGAGAAGAAGGAAACAGAAUAUAUGCGCCUUCAAAGGCAUAAGAUGGGCGUUGAUGAUUUUGAGUUAUUAACUAUGAUUGGAAAAGGUGCAUUUGGAGAGGUCAGGGUCUGCAGGGAAAAGAUGACAGGCAAUGUGUAUGCAAUGAAAAAGCUGAAGAAAUCAGAGAUGCUUCGUAGAGGCCAGGUAGAACAUGUCAGAGCUGAAAGAAACCUCCUUGCAGAGGUUGACAGCAAUUGUAUAGUCAAACUUUAUUGUUCAUUCCAGGAUGAUGAGUAUUUGUAUCUUAUUAUGGAGUAUCUACCUGGUGGGGAUAUGAUGACUCUUCUUAUGAGAAAGGAUACCUUGACUGAAGAUGAAGCCAGAUUUUAUGUAGCGGAAACAGUUCUGGCUAUUGAAUCUAUUCAUAAACACAAUUAUAUCCAUCGGGAUAUCAAGCCUGAUAAUUUGUUACUUGAUAAAUACGGACACUUGAGACUUUCAGAUUUUGGACUAUGUAAACCAUUAGAUUGCAGCACACUUCAAGAAGAUGAUUUUUCAGUGGGUCAGAAUGCAAAUGGAUCUUCACAGAAUGAUGAACGCUCAGCUCCAAAACGCACACGACAAGAACAACUACAACACUGGCAAAGGAACAGAAGAACACUUGCUUAUUCUACUGUUGGCACACCUGAUUAUAUUGCUCCAGAAGUUCUAUUGAAGAAAGGUUAUGGAAUGGAAUGUGACUGGUGGUCGCUUGGAGCGAUUAUGUAUGAAAUGUUGGUGGGGUAUCCUCCAUUUUAUUCUGACGAUCCAAUGUCAACAUGUAGAAAGAUAGUAAAUUGGAAAUCUCACUUGAAGUUUCCAGAAGAGGCAAGACUAUCCCCAGAGGCUAAAGAUCUUAUUUGUAAACUUUUGUGUAAUGUCAAUCACAGGCUGGGGUCAAACGGUGCUGAUGAAAUAAAGGAUCAUCCAUUCUUCAAAGGUGUUGAAUGGGAUAAGCUAUAUCAAAUGGAAGCUGCAUUUAUUCCUGAGGUCAAUGAUGAAUUAGAUACUCAAAAUUUUGAGAAGUUUGAAGAGUCAGACAUCCAGAAUCACCAAGCAUCAAGAUCUGGGCCUUGGAGAAAGAUGCUCUCGUCUAAGGACUUAAAUUUUGUUGGGUACACAUAUAAGAAUUUCGAAAUUGUCAAUGACUAUCAAGUUCCUGGGAUGGCCGAAUUGAAGAAGAAAUCCUCCAAAUCAAAGAGGCCGACUAUCAAGUCACUUUUUGUUGGUGAAUCAGAAACAUCAGAGGUGUCUGCUUCUUCAGAUGCACCUGCAGGCAAUCAAUCUGCUCAAGGGAGCUUUCUAAACCUCUUGCCACCCCGUUUAGAGGUAACUAAUAAAGACAGAGAAACCUCCUGACAGGGCAAAACUUGUGACAUAUCCAGUCUGACAGCAUAGGAGCCAUAACUCAUGCCAACAGCGUUAACUUUUUCAAUGUUCAAUUUAUUAUUCUUAACGUUAUUCGAUGCUUGGAUACGUUCUUGGCUACAAUAAUGGUUACUUGGUACUUGAUUGCUUGCUUGAGCAAAGGCAUGAAGAAAGUUAUGUGCCCUAACUAUGGAGGUGUAAACCUCUUACUGCAUUAUGUCGGUACGAGAAACACUGUAAACGGAUAUACUCUGUAAAUUUGUACGUUAGUGAUAGCCAAUUAUUUGUAUCACUUUCUAUCUUGCAACGUGUAAUAUAUCCUAGGGUUUUGUUA